AUGACCAUUCCCACAAUUACCAUCAACUUUAUCACUGUCACCUUCUCUACCAUCACCAAUAAUAUCACCAUUACCAUGAUCAUUGCCAAGAUUGUCAUCACCAUCAUCCUCACUACUAUUACUACCAUCACUAUCGACCUUCUCCAUCUUGAUAUCCAGAUAUCACUAUGGCCAGAAGUCUGCAACCGCUCAGCCCGGCCAGCCCUCCCACCCCCGACCCCCGGCCGCUUUGAAGCCUUUUGCUCAGGGGGCCUGGUGCCAGGCUGGAGUCUGAUUGUCCAGGGUCAGUCCAACUCCAAAGAUGAUGAGUUUGAAAUAAAUUUUCUCUGUGAGUCAGGUGACAUUGCUUUCCACUUCAAACCUCGAUUCUCCAAUGGCACCUUGGUCUGUAACUCCUUCCAGCACAGUCAUUGGGGUGAAGAGGAAAUAUACAAUGUCUUCCCUCUGGAGCUAAAGGAGCCUUUCGAGAUUGAAGUCUUUUCAGAUUCAGAGCAUUUCCAUGUCUUCAUCCAAGAGAACAAGGUGGCACAGUACGAGCACCGCCAGAAACCGCUGGCCUCCAUCACCAAAGUGCAAGUGCUGAACGACCUUAGAUUCCCACUGGUGGAGCUUUCCAAGAAGCGCCUUUAUCUGGGGUAA